GUGUGUUGUAAGGUUUCAAUAAAAUAGCACUUAGUGAAGCAAGGUACACAAAUAAUACUCAAUGAAUGGUAAGCAAUAUUGUUAUGAUGCAUUUAUUUUUACAGAGUUUUAUGACCCUUUUAUUCUCUGCUCCAACAUUGGCAUGUUUCUGUUAUUCUUUUCAGUAUUAUUUAAUUUAUUCCCCAAAGGAGAGCAGCUAAGAGUAUUGCCCAGCCACAGGCUCUCAACCAUCACCCCAAGCCUCAGAUUCUCCUCACACAGCCACAGCUGUACCACAUGGCCCACGUGGUAUGUUUCUAAUUCCUCUGACAUCUAAUUCUCACUUUUGGGCAAUGUUUGUCUCAUCAAGCUUUACACACAAAUAUUUUCAGCAAAGUGCUCCAAAUGCCUUUUUCAGAAAUCUGAAUCCACAUGAAAACAAUGGCAACAAGAAAAAGGUGUAAACUUUCCAGAACAGGCCCAGAAUUUGAAAAUGUGAUAAAGAGGUUAUUGUGCGCCCGAACUUUUCACACAAGAAUUGGAGGAGAUUUAACACAUGGAAUAAUAAACAGAGGAAGUCUGGCUAAUGCAGAGCAGAUGGGCCUGCAGGGCAGUGCUCAGCAUUUCAACAUCUUCCCCCUGGACCUUUGGACUCAAGGUAAGAAAACUGGAGUUCAGAAAAGUGGGGGGACUGACUCAAUCCCAGCUGCUGGCAGAUCUGGGACUGCAAACCAGCCUUCCAUUGCUCCACACAGGUGUCUCUUCUCACGUGGAAUCACAGCAUCGGAUGGACUGAAAAGAGGAAGAGGCUGCAAUGGAGCAGCACACCUGGUGUGUGGGGAUGCCUGGAAAACAGAAUUAGGAGAGCCCUGGGUCAGCAUUGCUCUGGCACUGGCUGGGCUGGGGGCUAUCCUGAUUCUAGAAUUAUCUUGGUUUGUGGGAUAGAAAUGUCCCCAAAGUGGAGAAGUUCAGUUCAAUCCAACAUCCUUAUAUUGCAAUGAGGAUAAAGACCACAGACCCUAUGGCCUGUAUGACCCAGCUGCCCAUUUCUAGGAACCCAUUCCUACAAAAAUGACAACAUGCGUGUGCAAACAGCGGCAAUGACAAACAUACCCUGGGAUGCUUUCCCUGUGUGGUUUGUUGUAGUAAGAUAGUGGCCACAGCUUAUAUAUCAUCAACAGAGGACUGGCUAAAUGAUGGCACUUGAUUCUGCAGAACCUUUUGCUGUAGUCAAAAAGAACAAGUUAGAUCUGUACGUAUGAACAUGGAAAGGUAUCCGUGACUUAUAUUAAGUAGAAAAAUUGCAGAAUGAUAUUUAUAGUAUAACUUCAUUCUUACAAAAACCGUUUUCCAAAACUGUGUGUGUAAAAGGGCUCGAAGGACACAUCCACCGUCUUAAUAGUGGUUACAUCUAGGGAGGAGAGUUGGGGCUUGAGGCAGACUUUGGCCAUUCAAUUUGGAUGGGGGCCAGAGACCCCCUCUCAGAUCUGAGAAUGCUGUACUUUCUUUCCAGCCUCCUUUGCAGCACAGGCCAUGACAAAGACUCUGUUAAGUCACCUUGGGUGGGAGGGGACAGGGCGUUUCCUCUAUCUGGCAGAGGGGGCUGCAAGGUCAAAUUCCUGACAGAAGUGGUGCUGUUUCCUGCUGUAGCGUGCAGUGGUUAUGUACUGUAGUGCUUAACGGUGGCAGAGGCAGCUUCAAACACACCAGCACACUGGUCAACUUUGGGGUCUUACUCUUGGAAGCCUGGCCUGGAGCUUCCCUCUCACAUUCUGUGAACCACCCCACAUCCUUCUAGUAAACUCUUCUGCUUCAUGGUUUAGAGUCAGCUGAGUUAGAGGGACUUCUGAUUAUUUUAUGCAUGUCGUCUGAUACACAAAUAUAGGUACACAUUUUUUAACCAAACAUAUUUAAGAGAAUACAGAUGAUCUAGCCUAAAGGAGCAUGUAGU